AUGGCUUUAAACGUGCUGGGACUUGUUGGUAUCAUCGUCUUCUACCUACUUAUCCUUGGUGUGGGCCUUUGGGCAGCAUUCAAGCGUAAAAGAAGCAGCAAUAGUGAUGAAUUAUGCGAGGGAGGGGAUAAACCGACUGAAAGUGAGGAUGUGAUGUUAGCGGGACGAGAUAUCGGACUUUUUGUUGGAGCAAUGACUAUGACAGGUACGUCAAGUUUGUUUGUUUAAGCCUGGUUUCCAUAUGGUCGUAAAAAUAGUGCCACGAUCUUUCUCAACGGCCAGUUUAUAAUAGUUUAUACCUGUAAACCACAUAUUAAAUCAUAAGUAUUCUCUGGUUAUAAUCACACCGCGUAUUUUCAGUUCUAAAAUGUUGUAUUUCGGCUGACGAGAAAGAUCGUGACUCAAUCUUUACGAUUAGUCAUAUGGAAACCCGGCUUCAAGGAAUACGAAAUGGUUUUAAAAUGUUUUCAUUGUCCAAUGUUUUAAAAAGCCCGCGCGAAAGCAUUCAAUUUUUCCGUGAAGGAUUGUCUUAUCCUUUGCCCAGUCAAAAAGGUGUUUUCCUCAAUUGCUAGGUUUGUUUGUAAGUUGAUGGUAACCGGUUGUUUGUUGAUGGUAACUUGUCUAGUUAAUAACCAUGCAACGUUUUGUUUCUCAUAGCAACGUGGGUCGGCGGUGGUUACAUUAACGGCACAGCAGAAAAAGCUUACUCGCAAGGCUUGGUAUGGGUGCAAGCACCGUGGUGCUACUCAUUAAGUUUGACAUUAGGUGAGUUCCUUCGCUCCUAUUUUCAAAUUCCUGGGUUCACAAUCCCAUUGAGCGCCACAGAUCAACAUCUUUAUAGCAAUGUGUUGGGUCAAGAAACCAUGCAAAAUUUCGGACAAAAAUGGAAAAGUCUUAAAAUUUCUAUGCCGAUGACGCUACAAAAUUUGCAAGAUCCCACCAUGCGCAAGUGAACUUUACAAAAGCAAAUAAUUUAUGAUAAUACUCACCGUACAAGAAUUAAGCUAUCGCCUAUCUACUUCAUGUUUUUUAUAUUUUAACUCGUGCGUCAUCCAUUUCAAAUCUAUCAACCAAAAAAGAAUAUAGAAGAAUCAAUAGACGUAAUUUCAUGAUUAUCAGAUUGAAUUAUUUUCUCCAAGUAAAACGUUGAAAAGUAUAUUCAGUUUGAUUGCGUGCGAAAGUUUCAAACAGCAGUUUCGUCCAGCGCUAGAGUGUUGGUCUGUGGCCGGGAUGACCUGGUUAUGAUGAUGUUUAACGAUCUUGCUCCUAUAUUACUGUCCACUUCAGGUCUGUGUUACUAAGAGUUGCAACCAACGUGCAGGUUUUCACAAUGUUUAUAGGUAUCGUUUGAUUCGUUUCACCGUAAUAACGUAACAAAAUUAAGAUCCAUAUAUAGCCGUAAAACAUCCCAAAAAGUCUAUAUUUCUCAAUCAGAAAUUAUACUUAUUGAACGCGAUUUAAGGUUGGAUGCGCGCAAUGUGACUGGCGUUAUUAGGGAGCUUUAGAUUUGACUACGAGUACGAGAUUUGAUCGCGUGCUAGGAAAUUACCGUAGUCGUUUUCGUUUCCAUUCAAAUGUUGCUUUUAUAGCAGUAAACCAACAAUGAGAGAAAAAGUUUCAUAAACUAAAUCUACUGCAGACUAAAAUCCCCUAGAAAACGUGUAAAUAAGACAUAACAUUAAAAACAGGCCAGAUAUUUAGUUCUAAUAUAUUAUUUGCGCCGGAUAAACGCUAUAUAAAUGCUACAAAUUAUUUCUGGAAAACAAAAAAAAGCCAACUUUCUUUGUUGUUUUUUUUGAAAAGUCGUGGUGAGGACUACGAGAUUUCUCCACAAUUUCGUACUCAGAUGGGCGACGGCUACGACUCUUUCGCGUCAGUACGGGAUGGCGUAAGCAUACAGCAUGCGUUUAGCUUGACGAAUCUCGUACUCGUAGUCAAAUCUAAGCUCCCUAUUAAGUAUUGGGGGGACGCAUUCACGACGCAUUUGGGAACGCGGUAAAAAAACACAUGUCAAGAGCAUUUCGCAGGCUACGCCUAGAAGUCGUGUUUCAAUCUCGUCUAUAACGUGUUUGACUGCUACAGCUAAGUGUUGAUAAGUUUAAUUUCUGAAUGAGACUUGAGACUUCUAUUUCAAGAACAUCGUCACUUAAGAACCUCUAUCGUAUUUCCAUAUCGUGCACUUUGUUCUCGCGGCGGAGUGUUUUGUUUCAAUCCACUUGAAAUUGUAAUUUUGAAAAUAAAAAAAUAAUCGAAUUGAAUCGCUGAUUUCAAUGGACCAUUCCCCAAUUAACCAAAAUUUUGAUCUCAACAAAUCUAGACAAAAUUCCAUCAUAGCAUGAAAGAGCAUCACAAAAUUAGUAAUAUUCCAAAGUUUCGUUUUAAAAUGUUGUAAAAUGCGGAUAAUAUAGCCUUGCGAAGUUUGCAAUUUUCAGUCAUUUUAGAUUACAAACGGGAAAUGGUUACCACUUCUGUGCGUAAUACAAAAUGACUAAAAAUUACAAACUUCGCAAGGCUAUAUUAUCCGCAUUUUACAACGAAACUUUGGAAUAUUACUAAUUUUGUGAUGCUCUUUCAAACUGUGGUGAAAUUUUUGUUUAGGCUAGUUAAGAUCAAAAUUUUGGAAAAGUGGUAACCAUUUCCCGUUUGUAUAAAUCUAAAAUGACUGAAAAUUUGAAUUUUACAACAUUUUGCAACGAAACUUUGGAAUAUUACUAAUUUUGUGAUGCUCUUUCAUGCCAUGAUGGAAUUUUGUCUAGACUUGUUGAGAUCAAAAUUUUGGUUAAUUGGGGAAUGGUCCAUUGAAUCGCCGAUUUCAAUUGGAUCGGACGUGCACGCUCCGCCUAAGAGAGCAAAGCGUGUGUAAUGGUAAUCACCCCUGCUAAACCUCCCACAGAUGGAGUACGGUACUAGAAUCCUAUAGUAAAAUCUUUGAAUGGGGCGUAUGGGGAACAGCGGCAAAGAGUCAUGGGUGUGUAGAUUUGGGGGCAAGGGUGCCACCCUAUGGGCUACAUUAAAAAUAAAUCUUAAAAUAUAAACUGGAAAUCUUAUGGGGUACAUUAAAAAUAAAUCUUAAAAUAUAAACUGUAAUCUAAACUAUUGUAAUCUAAAUUAUUGCACUGUAAGCUAAAUUAUUGUAAAAGUGAUAACGGGGGGUGAUUUACAGUCGGCAUGACAAUCGAAUGUGGGGGUUGGGUGGGGUCUGGUGGCAACCAUGUAUAGUCUGUUAAUCAUAUAGGAUUGUCUCCCACCACGGCGUGAUUUGGACGGGGGAUUAAGUGAUGGCAAUUGGCGGUUUGUAUCCAGGUAUUUAAAAUCUGUCGUCACCAAAAUUCACAAAAAUAAGUCAAGCUGCACAUUUCAUAGUCACAAUAAAUCAUACCAUGUUUACUUGUUGUCAAACAUAAAGGGUUCGUAUACGUUCUUGAUUAAUCUGAAAAUGAGAGAAUUAAAUGACAUUAUCCCAAAACGUUGAAAGGGUAUAAGGACCUCUAUAAGAAAGACUUUGGCUACGGUAAUUUCUAACAAAAAUUGUUGACCUUGAGAAAAGAAUAAUUCCAUGGUAUGUAUGUAAAUGUUGAUAAGUACAUACUGAUUUUUUUUUAUCCACAAAGACGAAUAUAGAUCUGACCAAGAAGAAUAUAGAUCUCUAUGAACAUUGAUACAGCUUCAUUUUCAAAACGUAUACGGACCCUGAUUAUGACAAAUGAUGUGCUGAGUAUAUCAACGCACUGUUCAUAGUCAUCAGUGUUCAUAGUCUGUACAAAACAAACAGUACACCAUUCAUUUGAUUUCACAAAACACAAGCACAAUGUUAAUUAAAAUUAAAGUUAUUCCGAAAAAAAGUGUACAUAUAGUUAUAAUACACAAUUCGUUAAAACUGAUUAAUAUACUUUAAUAAAUUGUGUAUGCAAACCUUUUUCGUAAUAACUUUAAUUUUAUACAUGCUGUGAAAGUGUUAGGCGGCAAAGGAUUUUACAAUAAAAUUAAGCACAGCAGUUCAUCACAGCAAGUUCAUUUGAGGAAUAAAAUGUAAAGCACAGCAGUCCAUGAUCAUAAUCAAGUAUUCACGUUUGGUAACGUGUAUGUUCAUUGUGAUUCUCUUUGCUUUAGCUGCAUUGGCAGUCGUUGUUAUGGCGAUCUUAGCUGAAGGGAUGGCUAAGGUUACGUUAUAGUGCACGUAAACAUUCUUUUUAAUAAUCAAUAUUUAAUGUAACAGUGUGGGUUGUUUUGCAUGCUAUACGGAACGAGAAUUAACUCCUGGGUCAUAUUCAGGAGCGGGGCUGGGGUGCUCAACAUUCGGGUGUCGGUUUUGCAUGUGUGUUUGUAUUCAUGUUGUUUCGGAUUCAAAACAGUUUGAUUUGCCAAACAAAAAUCACAGUAGGGCAGUUUUUUGUGCAUUUCUAAGACAUCAAAUCUUGUUACGAAAGUUUAACUAUUCCCCAAGACUUCAAAAGGAUUUCAAACGUUUAAAAAAAUGUUCUCACGAAACGACACACAAGAGUAUCCACUGAUAAUUUACAACUUAAAAAUGCAUUCUUUAUGUUUAGCAAAUAGCAGAAUUACGAAUGAAGAAAUUUACCUUUUAAAAACAACAAAAGAGUAAAACUCUAUUUUUCUUGAAAAACAUUUCACACAAGAAGACAGUAUAGUGCAUGUUUUCGAAAGUCCAAACAAAAUGUUCACAGUUUUGGCGAAUUUCCUUCGAUAACGUCUUUUGAAAAUAUUUUCCAUGUCUUUACGAUAAGCGGGAAGUUGCCCAUGUUUGGUUAACAUUGACCUCAACUUUUUUCCUCGACGUCACUUCGUAUUUUCAAUCUUCUCUUCCUCUUGACAAAACGACAAAUGACGUGUGAGCAUGAUGAAGCGAUACUCUCUUGUAUUUCUAUAUCCAACUUUGAUCGGUUUAACUGUUUCAGCAGCAUCUUUAUCACGUGGUGAUUUAAAUCAAUAACACUAAGGAGUAGAUAAAUAUUUCAAGAUAAUCGAUCAGAGUAGAAAGAUUUAGAAAUGCAAUAUGGAGAUUACUUGACAUGGUUUACUUACAUGGUGAUGUGCAACCAAUAUCCUUGUGACAAAUUUCCUUCAUGUACAUCAUUCUAUUCUUACCAAUAGCCCUUUUAAUUUAAGAGGUCGAUUCUAUUUCAUGUCCACUGAAGUAUUUUCUGUUACCGUUUCCACUUUUAAUGCCCAAUGUCAUUUUCUUUCCUGACCAAAUCGUAACAAAUUGACCGUAAACUAGGUGUGAGAAUAUUGCUAUAUUCAAUAGGAAUUAUUCUGAAUAUAAACAGUGGAAAAAUCCUUGGAAAAGUACUUCAGUGGGUAUGGAAUAGCAUGUUAUGAAUUGUAUUAAACCCAUUGUACUUAACUCACUGACUGAACAAAUCGCCAAAUCACCGACACUCCUUAGUAACCUACAUUGGUGCACAUCACUAUACAAGUGUCGAAAAUACCACAUACUAAAUCCUCAAUUUUGCAUUUUAGGCGGUUUACUAUUCGCAGAGAAGAUGCGUGCCAAGAAAUACGUGACUAUGUUGGACCCCUUCCAGGACAAAUACGGCUCAACAAUGGGCGGCUUUCUGUACAUUCCUGCUUUCCUUGGUGACAUCUUCUGGUCUGCCGCCAUCCUUGCUGCUCUGGGUGCUUCGAUUAGUGUAGUUAUUGAUAUUGACACGACCACUUCCAUCAUCGUUUCUGGCGCUAUUGCUGUAUCAUAUACAUUGGUUGGAGGACUGUAUUCUGUCGUCUACACUGAUGUCGUGCAACUGAUAUGCAUCUUUAUUGGACUGGUAAGUUUGUCGUCUUUUAUAGUAGGAUUCAAUGUGCUCCAUCAACGUUUUAUCCGUCUCUUCGCAAUUUUAAACACGAGUGCAAACAGCUAGUGGUGUUCGUAUUACUUAUACUGGCUGUACCUUUCGUAAUGUUGUAUAUAUGUGCCUCCUGAACGGACUCUUUGUAUAAUUACGCGCGUUUGUAUAUUAUAUGAGAUUGAAGCAUAUCAACCUAAUCAGUUUACUAUGUAUUUCCUCUCCACCUUCAGUGGCUGGCUGUACCAUUCGCAAUGAGCAAUGAUGCUGUUGACCCCAUCAGUGAGCACAAAGAAACAUGGGUUGGACACUGGGAAAUGAAGAAGACUGGCAAAUGGCUUGAUUAUGUUCUCUUCCUGGUACGUUUAAGAUUUCAGUUCACUAGACCACUGUCGCAUGACUUCAGUAGGUUUGAGAUCCCUGUCAAGGCUGCAAAUAAUUAUUUGACUUGACAGGACAUUUGUCCGAUCAAUUUUAAUUUUGGUCGGACAAAAACCAACAUUACUAAAUUUGGUCGGACAUAUAUACGUCACAAAAUAUUUGAUAAGUCACGAGACAAGUAUGUAGCCUGUGCCAUUCCGGCGCAACGUUAAGUAAAAUUAAAUGCUAGAACGCCUCGUAAAUUUUAUUGCAAAAUGCAAAUUGAGUGAAUUUGCAAUCGGAUUUUGUCACAGCAAAAAAUGUAUGAUGUGACAUUUUCAGUAUCACUAGACCACUUUCGCAUGACUUCAUUAUGUCCUGUUGAUGUGAUAUUUUAUAUAACCUAAUGUACUCUCAUGCUCACUGGGAGCGAGGGCUUCAUUGAAAAGCAUCUUGGGAUGAAUGAAUUCCUUCGAUAAAAUAUUCAUUCAUAUUCAGUGCAAAUUUAAUUUCCCGCAAUUUUCUUUCAGACAUUCGGUGGCAUCCCAUGGCAAGCAUACUUCCAACGUGUCCUCUCGUGCAGAACGACCAAACAUGCCAAAUACCUGUCAUUCGCUGCUUCUUUCGGAUGCUUCAUCGCCGCUAUCCCCGCUCUUCUCAUCGGUGCCGUCGGAGCCUCAGCCAGUAAGUGGAUAUUUGAGAAAUUGCGCUAUUAAUUCACUCACAAGUCCUACAGCCGGUAGAUAGAGAUAACGAAAGGCAUAUUAGUGAUAUUACGAUUUUCAGCACUUAUUGUUCAGAACACAAAUCAUACAUGCGUAUAAAAUUUUAAAGGCUUUUGCUCCAAAAUAUACACGAGUUUUUAUCUGGCUGUAGUAGUACACACACAACUACCACAGCCUUGCGCGUCCAUCCAAAAUAUACGCUGAUGCUUAACUCUUACCUUUCCCUAGACUGGAACAUGACAGACUAUGCAGAUUUAACACCAAACGGAACCCUCAAGGAAGAAGAUGCCAGUCGUAUUUUACCUUUGGUUCUGCAAUAUCUCACACCAUCAGCUGUGUCUUCCGAUCUCUUGGUGCUGUCUCGGCUGCUGUUAUGUCCUCGGCUGAUUCAUCAACUCUCUCGGCUAGCUCUAUGUUUUCCAGAAAUAUCUACAAACUUAUCUUCAGACCAAAGGUACAGUACGUCGGAAAUAAGUUGAAGGCUCGGUGUUUUCAGGCUCGAGGGCUUUCAGGGUCGAUCAACAACUAGGUCGGAAUUGCAUGUGUAGUAAUUAUCAGGGAAUAAGCUACCACUGAUUCUCACUACCUCGUGCAGAACCCAAGUUCACAUAUAAUGUUAAGUCAAGCCGGAUUACCUGUCCGGAGUUCCCAACAGAAGCCGGCACCCUCGCCUCUAUAUAGCGUAGACAAUCGCUGGUUCUUGGAAUUAUAACCCUUUCCUCCUCGUGACAGAAAUGUCAAGGGAAAGGUUUCUUGUUUUGAUAACACAAAUUUCAAAUAUUUUUCGUGGAAUGGUUGGAUAAUAUAACACACAAUGACGUGACGGCCACGACGUAAGAGAUCCAGGGUUGCUUUUUUAACGAUUGUUGUUCGUCUGUUUCAGGCGACCGAGAGAGAAAUGGUGUGGGUUAUCCGUAUUUCAAUCCUUGGAGUGGGUAUCAUCUCAACUGUCUUGGCCUUGA